AAUAGUGUGGCAGCCUUAUGUUAGCGACAACUGAAGAACACACGAAUAUUGAACAUAGCAUCCCAGUGGCAAGGAUAAAUAUUAAGAAACAAUAUGCACUAUAACGCAACUAAUUAAUCAAAGCAAUUCAUUUCCUGUAACUGCAUAUCUGUAAUUAGUAGGCAUUCAAUCACACUACAAUCACAAUUGCAUAUGCAUCUUGAAUGCCACCACUUGAGCAUCAUGCAAGCCUAGCCAGCAAAUUGAUUGUAGUUGGAUAAAACUGAAGCGGAUCCGUUUGAGCAACACCUCUGCAAGGCAUGGUUUUCUGACAAAUGACAAUUCAGACUACAACCAAAGGAACAGAAGCACCAAACUGAAAGUUUUCACAUAUCGCAUUGUGUGCUAUGGGAGCUCAUUACAGACCUCUAAGCUUGCCGAGGGUAGGGCUGACCUUCAUCCCAUGACAAGUGGUCCGAGAUUAAGCCUGCCGACAGUUUUGGCUGCGAUAAACAUUACCUAUUGAUGCUAUGGUAGGCAAGGAACAAAAGAAUAAGCAAACACACCCGACAUUAGACCUGAAUCACCUGAUCACAUGGGCACAGUCGAUCUGCUGCUUUAGGAAACCUCGGGCGCCUAGGAGCCGGAGGGGCUGUCCGCUACACCAUCAGGGGUCGCUAGGCCAGUGCUGCGACCCUUCCUGCUGCAAAGGGUGGAUUAGGGAGUUGUGGGCGCUGCUAGAAGGUCCACGGUGAAGGACAUGGGAGAAGAUGGUGGUAUGGAGAGGAGAGACUCUUCCAGGCCCGGCCGCCACUGGUCUUGUUCCCGCGAGAUUGGAACAAGAGUAGGCCACCGAUCGUUCGAGGCCACUCUCAAUUUACUCUCGCACAGCCGGCCGCCAUCGCCCCUUGUUCCGUGGUGACACCAUUGCCAAUGAUCGCAGAAAGGGAGAAGAGAUGUCAGGGCGUACGUCUAGAGAUAGCUGAGAAGAGGUGCAGACCUGCAAGAGCUCGCUGUCACCUGCGUCACGUAUUGCCGCCGCCGCCACCGCCCCGAGAGAGAGACGAUGAGAUGCGUUUCAGGAGGAAAAUAGGGUUUGCUGAGAGAAAGCUGAGGGGGUUGAGGGGAACCGGUUGAGUGGACACAUGGAGGAAAAAAACCAGCGAACGGUUGACGAUAAAAAUCGGUGGAGAAGGGAUUCUUCGAUAUUUCCGAGGAAUACCCCCAGCGGCCCAGCUCCGCCAUUGCUUCCUGCGGCCUCCAUAAGACUGUGAUUCUCUCACCACCAACUUCGUCCUCCUCAUUCCAGUUUCCUCAUACAUCCACCACUUUCUCGAGGCGAUGGCCCGCUUUAAUGAUUCCGGAAUCAAGCGGAGCACGUUGAUGGUCCUCUUCGUGUUGUUCCUUGUCGACGACUUCGUGAUUAUCGCUGUGGUCGUGGCCAUGAGCGAGGUCGCCGCAGGAAGUAGCACGGAGUCCGCCGGGUCGUCCGCCGUCGCCGUCCUCGGCGUCGCCGGCAACCUUAUCGCCAUCAUCAACAUCUUAUCUCCCACUUUCACUUUCGUGAUUCCUGUCUGGAAGGAAGGGUCUGUAGGAGAUCGGAUGGUAUAUGGAAGCCUUUUGGCUUUCGUAAACAACGUGAUGUGGGCAAUGUAUGCCGCCUCCGACUCUCUCGAGAGUAAACUUUACUUCUUCAUCGUCAAUGGAGUGGGCUUGGUCUUUCAGAUUUGCUACAACAUCCUCUACAUAUACUAUGCGGAAGGGAAGAAGAGCAUUCAAGCCUUCAUCCUUUUAUUGGCAUCCUACGUGGUCGCCCUUGUAAUGGCAGCCUUAGUGCCUUGGAUGGUGAUGACACAAAGGUGGAGUAGUACUUGGGUCGGUGUCCUUGCCGCAUCAUUUGGAGUAUCCAUACAUAUUGCUUCUGCAUGGGACAUGCUGAUGGUGAUCAAGAGAAAGGAGCAGAUCAUCUACAUAGACCGAAUAAUCACGGUAUCCUUCUCCCUCGCCGCUGCAUGUAUUUGGACCGUCUACGGUUUCAAAUCCGCGACCGUCAACUUAUAUGUCCUGGUACCGAAUCUCGUGGGCAUUCUGUGUACCGCUGUGCAAAUCUGUGUGUACGCCUACUUGAUACUAUCCCGCAAGAUCCGCAUCUACUCCUUCCAAACUGAUGACGCAGUGGACUAUGGCUACGAGAUGGGAAAGCUCUUCGCGUUGCCUCCAGUGUAGGUCUGCCGUCUGCGGCGGCAAAUUGAGACUUGUGUUUAUUGACAACGAGGCAACUCAAAACUUUUAAAUUCUGAGCGAACUAUGAGAGUAUUUCGGUGGAUGGUCGAUCUAUCACUGAUCGAUCGAUAGCAGGCUCCCGUAUGAACCCGACUUGCCACAAAAAACAGAAAACACAGUUUUUAGUAAAAAAAAACAAAUUUGAAAUCUGUUCAUUUGGGACUAAAACUUGAAAUUCAGUUCUGUGGACUAUUCCUGAUUUCCUGCAACUCCAGUUUUAUGUAUGUCACUUUCGUAGUGUUUGAA